AUGAGGCGUAAGAACUGUGACGGAGGUGUGUUCCUGAUGUUGCUGGUGGUGGAGUCAGUGUUCCUGGUGAUGGUGCUCCAGCGGCUGGCCUACCUCGAGGAUCAGUGUGGGAACGACACCGGACCUGACGCCAGGAGGGACGCCACACAACUUGCCGAGCCAACGAUCUACGUCAUCACUCCCACGUACCGUCGCAGUACACAGCUGGCUGAUAUGACCAGGAUGGCCCAAACACUUAUGCACAUCCCCAACCUUCAUUGGAUAGUGGUGGAGGACGCUGAGGAGACGAGCGAGGUGGUAAGAGAGCUGCUGGAGAGGACAAGGCUCCCUUUCACUCACCUCUGCGCCUCUACGCCUCUAGAGUACAGGAAUAAGACGAUGCUCGGACGAGGAGUGUUCAACAGACGGGAGGGUCUCCGCUGGCUGAGGCAGGAGGCGACCCACGGCGUCCUCUACUUCGCUGACGACGACAACUCCUACGACGUCCGACUCUUCCAUCAGAUCAGGCAGACGAAGAAGGCCUCGGUGUUUCCCGUGGGGAUGAUCCUCGAACUGGGCGUCAGCUCUCCCAUCGUGCGGGGCGGGAAGGUGGUCGGCUUCCAUGACGCUUUCCAGGGCGGAAGGAAGUUCGCGUUGGACAUGGCGGGCUUCGCUGUCAACCUGAGGCUGUUGCAUGCGAACCCAACGGCCACCGUCCCUCACCGAGUCUCCUACCUCGAGGAUGGCUUCCUCAGGAGACUCAGGCUGGAACUGGAAGAUCUUGAGCCUCUAGCCUCAGGCUGCACCGAGGUACUAGUGUGGCACACCAAGACACAGCGGGGCAGGAAGCCCAACAUGGACAAUGUUCCGGGUGAACACUUCGACACCAACUUGGUCCAACUCUACCGCCACCUUCUGCGCUGACCCGCCUCUCCCAACUCCGCGCAAGUCGUCGGCCAGUCUGCAGUUGUUUACCGACCCAGAACCCCCCUCCCCCCCCACCCACUCCACCUUCGUGCCUGGUCCUUCCAUGCAGCGGCCGACCCCAUUGAUGUGAACCGACUGUGUCUUCAAUUGUCGGGGUUCUCAAUACACAUAUGAAUACUAUUAUAUAUUAGUUUUUAGGUACUUGACAAUUAUUUGCAUUUGCAGGUUGUGGGAAACCUGUCAUCGAGCCAGGCUCGUUAAAGCUGCGGCCAUGCCCCCCCCUCCCCUCCCCCCCUAGACACAUUCAUCAGUUCUAACAUGUUGUGUAUUAGAAAUAGAGAAAUAGGUUUGUUCUCAUAAGUUAAUAUUACAAUAGUAUUACAUUACAUUAAAGUUCUAUGUAUAAUUAGGAAUAGGUUAGGUUAGGUGUUCAGGUUCCGUUGGCAAAUCUGUAAAGACAUCACGUGGCAACCUGUCCUCUGACCAAGGCUAUUCCAUCCAGCGGUCGACCCCUAUUGAUGCUUUCAUAAAUGUUAUAAUGCUGUUCAUUCAAGCCCGUCCUCAUAAACAGAGACCCAAAGUCCAUUCCAUGCACCCGCCAAACCCCUUGUUUAUGAAUGAAAAACGGUUUACA